AGAUGGAGUGGGCGGGGAAAGUGAUGCGUUUGAAUUCAGCUGUGAGAGAGAAUGUGGGUCUAGAAGAGUCAGGGGGUAACUUCCUGAUCUCAGAGCAGUGAAACGAUUUCUUCCUUUCUUCAUCUGCUGUUUUUGGAAUGGAUAUUGAUUUUGGAGACUUUGAAUGAUUUUCUGUGGAUGGAAAAGAAGUCUGCAGCUUCCCUCCUUUGUUGUGAAAGUAGUUGUUUGCGUCUCUGGAGCUGGAUUUUUACGACGACUUUCCAAGCUCUGCUGGUGGUCUUCAACCCAAGUUUGGAUUCAAGGGGAAGGCCUGGGGAUUCAUCUGACACUGGUGGCUUCCUGGGAAGUAUUACUGUCAGUCAGAAGAAAACAAAGUAUCUGUGGCUUAAUCUGCACAACUUUAAAAGGGAGUCCCGAUGGCAAAGCUGAGAGAGGAGCUUUUGAAAAUCCUUCAGGACUUGAAAGAGGAGGACUUUGAGCAUUUCAAAUGGUUUCUGAAGCUGGAUAAUAACGUGAAGGGCUUUUCAGGAAUUCCUGUCGCUCGGUUGGAAAAGGCGGAAAGACGGGAUACUGUAGAUCUGUUGGCGCAGACAUAUAAGGAUCCUGGAGCUCAGAUGUUAACCAAGGCGGUUUUAGAGAAGAUCAGCAGGAAUGAUCUGGUGGAGCGUUUGGAAAGCUCCAGCCCGGAAACAAAAGACCUCAAGAACCACGAGUGUGUUGCUCUGAAAGGCGAACUUGAAAAGAAGAAAGCCGAGCUGGGGGCUAAAAUCGAGCUGAUGAUCCAGGAGAGGGAGACGAAGAUCGAGGAGAUCAAACUCUCAGCAGAGCUCAGUGGCAAAUCUGCAGACAGACAAAUCACAGACAGCGAGCAGGCUUUCGCUGUGUUGCUGCAGACUUUGAAGGAGAGUCUGGAUAAUCUCAUUAAAUCCAUUAAUGAGAAGCGGAAAACAACACAGAAAGAGGCCGAGGAAUUCAUACUAGAGCUGGAGCAAGAACUCUCAGAACUCAGAAAGAGAAGCGCUGAGGUAGAGAAACUCUCAACCACCAAAGACCAUCUUAACUUUGUCCACAGCUUUGCCUCCAACACUAAGAACUGGACAGAAUUCAGCAUCACUCCCCCGUCAUAUGGAGGAAGUGUGGGGAUCACUGUGGCCCAGCUCGAGGAAAUGCUCAGAAAACAGAAGGACGCAUUUAUUGCAAAGGGGAAGCUGAACAGGGUCCAGCAGUUUGCAAAAGAUGUGUCUCUAGAUCCUAACACAGCUCAUCCCAACCUCGUUCUGUCUGACAAUGGGAAGCAAGUGUACUGUGGUGACGUAAAACAAAACCCGCCGGACGGCUCAAAAAGAUUUCUUUCUGUCAGCAAUGUUUUGGGAAAGCAGAGUUUCUCUUCAGGAAGAUUUUAUUACGAGGUUCAGGUCAAAGGGAAGACUUCUUGGGAUCUAGGUGUCGUCAAAGAGUCGAUCGACAGGAAGGGAUCAAUCACCGCAAGCCCCGAGAAUGGCUACUGGACUAUAUGUUUUAGAAAUGGACAGAAUUACCGAUCUUCUGGAAUCCAUCUCUGUGUGAAAUCCAAAGUGAAGAAGGUUGGCGUGUUUGUGGAUUAUGGGAAGGGCUCGGUCUCCUUUUUUGACGUAGAUUCAGCAGACAUUAUCCACACCUUUACUGGAUGUUCUUUCACUGAAAAGCUCUACCCAUUCUUCAGUCCUGGUCUUUAUCUUUGUGGUAUAAACUCUGCCCCUCUUGUCAUUUCUCCUAUAAAUCACACUGAUUAGAUCAUCCACCGACUGAUGGUUCUGCAAUUUACAAGGCUUGCCUAUUUCAUCCUUAUCAGUCAUAAAUGGUUGUAAAUAGUGAGCAUGUAUGUUACAUUUUGACUGUAUGAUAUUGAGUUUCCAGGUUUCCAGGUUAGCACAAGUAAACUGGGUCAAAAGUUAUUGAUAAUUCCCAAAUCCACAUACUCUGUGCCCGUUUGCACUGUUGGUUCUGAAACAAAUAAAAAUGUGGAUGUUUCCUUUCUUUGUCUGCUCCAUACUUCAUUUGUACGUUGUGAUGUGUUGCUCCUGAAAGGUGCUAUAUAAAUGAAGUUAUUCAUUUUGGGCUCUAGGUAAUUGUGAUCAAACAUUGCAGUGUUUUUGGAAGAUAAAUCCUUUCAGAAAAUGACCAUUAGAUGUAAUCCUACACAAAACUAAAGAGAUUUUCAGGAAUUCUAUUUUGGCUGAUGACGACACCAGAUCACUGACUUUCUCUUUGUCGAUUCCAUGAUAUGACCUACAACCUUCACUAUAAAGAAACUGUCACCAAGCAUUCAGGCUGGAUGAUAAGGAUGGUGACAUUUUAUUUCUUCAUACGUACUGCGUUGAUAAAUGUAAAGUACAGUUCAAUACAGCACUUAUGGGACAUAAUGGUACGAGAUAUGUUAAGCACAGUCCAUUCCUGGAAAUAACUUUUGGGGGGUUAAAGUUCAGCUGAGGGCAAAAUGUUAGAUAAUAAAAGGUAAAUACAUCAAACCAGGAAGGUCGUAUUUGCUGUGUGAAGCCUUGCAAGUCAAACAGUUUUCUAAGAUACUGCAUUUAACUAAAAUAUUUCAAGGGAUUUUAGUAUUCUAUUUUGGCUUGCAAUGAGACCGGAUCCCUGACUUUUCCUCUGCUGAUACCGUGGAAUGACCUACCACCUUUAAUGGAAACAUACUGUGUGACAUAUUGUUCUGUCUCUAUCUGCCCAGCAACUCUUUUUGAAACCAGAGUCAGGAUAUGAAGUUCCAGUAAACAGCAUGUUCUAACCACACGUCACAUGUGCAUCAGGAGUAGUUGCACGUACGACCCUUGUAUAACCCUGGUGUCUAACCACAUGCUAAUAAAAUGCUAUAGCUAGACUGAA